AUACAUACUGAAUGAUUUCCUGUGUUUAAAAGAAUUGCUCGAUCAAACCUCAAGUAUGUAUCUAUUGCUUACACGUGAAUCUUUAUUGCUGUCAUACUGUGACUUACAGAUUAUCGAGGAAAUAUUGCAUCGUAGGAAGAGGACGACUUGACAAAAAUCACGAGUAAAGAGGAAAUAGAAAUCAUGGACGAAAUAUUUUGCAUUAAGAAAUGUAAUAGAAGAUAACAUAUUGUUACAAAUAUGUUAUCUGUAAUUGCAACCACAAGUUUCAUAGCUGCUGUUGUUGUAUUUGUCGACUUGUAUGAGAACACAUGGCUCUAUGAAUCUGUUGGACAUAUAUUAAUACCUGUUUUUAGAUCCGCCACGAAAUUAAUUGCUUCAAUUUUCUGGAUAAUUUCAUGGAUUCUAGUCAGAACACAUUUAAGAUCUAACAUUUCUAUAGCCUCCACUUCCAGCUCUCGUUUUGUCAUUAGCUUAGUGCUAGUGUUACUAUGGAUAUUUGGUCUUGGAGCAACAUUUUCUUCAAUUCUCAGUGCAAUUGCUAACAUACAGUGUGCUUUGCAAAAUUCCGGAACAUCUGUUCGACAAACCUACAUUGUUAAUGGUGUAUGUCGAAUUGGACAACCACUCUUUGUACUUAUCCAAACGAUUGUUUUAUCUAGAAUUUCCAGAUUUCACCUCACCUUCAACAGAACUGUUCAUUGGUUUCUUAUAUUUAUUUUAUUGACAAAUACAGGAGCAUGGGUGUAUAAUAUAUCACUUUUAAAUCGCAAAAUAUCAUUUUCCCAAAACUCCAGUACUUUUACUUUCUGUUAUUGGAAAACAGAUAUUGCAACAAAGGCGAUAAUUCCUUUGCAUCCCAUUCUAGUCCCAUUGGAACAAGAAUACAACUUCCUUUCCAUAUGUGUAAUUCUUACCAUAACACUCCACAGCCAUUGGACGUACAAAUUAAGAUCAACGAAAAACAUACAUGCAAUUCUUGUUUCAUCCAGUUCUAUUGUCCAUGAAGGCAGAAAACAAUACAAAGGAAUUACCAAAAGAGAAAUCUUAUACAUGAUAGUUAGUAUUUUCUGUUUUCUACCUGCAAUUGUAGUUACAAUUUUGCGAAGAAUUUCCAAUUCAGAAAUGUUAACAAAUGAUUGGCAAUUGACAGUCAUUUUUCCGAAUGUGAUUAUAAUUGCGUGUAUUUUUCGAGGAUUUCACAUUGUACAAAGACUGAAAAAGACACUUCUAAGCUGUGACAUUCUGCUUGAUAAUUUUUUGGAUAACGAUGCUAUUUACAUAGUUUGUGCGUCGGGAAAUUUUAUUUAUUACGCUUUGGCGGUGGCUUUUGCAUACUAUGGAAUUGAAAUAUGGACAGUUGUCCUCAAAUAUGUUUUGGGACUGGUAGAGGUAUACUACCAAACAAUUUUCAUUCUUUACUUGAAGAGAUUCAAGAGUCAAUGUUAUCUAAGACUUCCAUUUGUCAUUAUCAUGUUGCUGAUUUCCAACAUGGUAAUGUGGGUAUAUUUUCAGUUCUGGAUUUUCUACGUAUCAUAUAGUAACACAGAUGAAGUUUGGGGUACCUUGCACCCAGCUGCAAGGCAGGUGUUAUAUACAUUUAUAUGCUUUUAUAGGUUUCAAUCUUUCAUUUCUCUGUAUAGAAUUUACAAAUCAGACUAAUUGUUUUGCUACAAAAACUUAACGUUCACUUUCAUAAUGAAUCAAAACUCUAUGUGUCUUUUCAAAAUAUCUAUAUCAUUUGGUGUUUAUAAAAAAUUGUGUAUAGCCAAGAUGUGAUAAACUAAACUCACUCCACUGUAAAACGAUAAUAAAACUACAAAAUAUAGGUACCAGAAAAAACAAAGGAUGUAUCUACCGUUUCGUUAUUAUUGUGUGCUU